GAAUUCAUAAAAUGAUGUAAAAAUGCUGGUGAGAAUUGAUUCUUAACUUGAUUAUGAACUUGUUAUUGCUCCAAGAAACCCCACUUGUCAAUCAUCAAGACAGCUCAUUCAGAAAAGAAUGAAACAUGAUGGCUUCCAACAAUUGGUUCGUAUUUAUGUAAUAUCCGCGAAAUUACACCCGGUCCCACAAUAAUGGUUCAUGAAAAAUGCUACCUGUUCUUUGUUUUCAUAUUCUGCCGCAUUCACCUAAGCUCAUUAUCACAAAAGGAUAUCAACUCCGCCACGCACACGACAGCAUUUCUGCACCGGCUGCUGUACGAUGUUAAGCAAAAGCCGCAGGACGUUCCUGCAUGGAAGCUGGAGCAGGAGUCGCCGUUCGGCAGGACCUGGAAUCUAGUUACCGGCGAGAAGCAUGACUUGCAGGACGGAAGACAGUGGCAGCUGGAAGACAGCGAGGGCUCCUCAAUCAGCACUCUGGAUGUGCGCUGGAGAGACGUUAGGUCGGCGGCCCCGGAGGAAGCUCUCCCGAAGACAAUUUCUUCUUCUCUUUUUUGCCCUCUUAACUCCUGUGAGGCCAGGUCGCCAGCGACCACGUCUGAAAGCGUUGCGUGCAAGUGUGACCCUCUAUGUUCCUACUACGGAGACUGUUGCGAAGACUCAAAGUUCAGGGACCGAGGCGCGCUACGCCAUCCCGACGCGGAGGACCGGGAGACGGAGCUGGGGCUCCCUCCGCCCCCGGACACUUGGUUGUGCCUGGAGUCGACGGGGGCCACGCUGCCCUAUGAGGGCGUGUACGCCGUGGACUCUUGUCCCGCUGAAUCUUACCUGGAGGACGCGAUGAGGUGUGAGCUGAACGUGGCGCCGGAGCAGUACAGCCCCGUCAUGGACAUCCCAGUGGCGUCAGCAUCUGCCCACAACUUGGUCUACCGCAACGCCUUUUGUGCUCGCUGCCAUAACGAAAACGUGUACUCUAGUCGCUUCGCAACGGUUGUCUGCUCGUACCCACUGAGAAACCGGCAGAAUUUGUCUACAAUGACGUAUUUAAAAGGUCGCAGAAUGUGGACUGGAGUCGUUAAUACUUCUGACAUACUUGAAUGGGUUCCCUCAAAUAACGUUAAUGUAACUUGCGCGCUUGUGGCAAGACCGAAAGAAAAGAUUGGCAGGUCUUGCGUCAGAAAUGUCAUCAAUGUUUGUAAAAAUUCAAUCGAGUGUCCAAAAUAUCUCGGUAUUGUGAUGGACGCCAAUGGCACCAAAUUCAAGAACCGGGAUUGCGCGAUAUGUAACGGCGUUCAGCUAAGUGACAUUACGUGUCCUUUUACUGCAAACGUGGCGCGUUCAGUAUCGCCGUAUUAUGGGUGGCAUAGGCUAGUAGGUUUUGAGAUGGAGCAAGGAGAUUGUUCUAACACCGAAAACGUGAGUGAUGAUCAAAGUUUCUGUUCCACCGUUCAGUGCAAUCCUGCUCAAGUGAACAACAGUUGCGACGUAGAAGUUAUCAGAAUAAAGUUACCUAAGCACGCUCCUUCUCACAUCAGUUUCUACUGCCUCGCCAUCACAUACAGUAUCAACAACGUGACGAUACUCCUCAACAACCGCCUCUACGUCAACGAAACUAAUGAAGAGUAUCGCUAUGGCGAGUACGAAGUGGCCGACGACGGGUACGUGAGAGUAUGCCGAUUCUCGGACCGUUGGACCACUUCCAUGAAAAUCUCCUUCCGCUGCUUCGUUUCCUUGUCCUCAUUGGGGUUAAUUUUACACAUCUUCAUAUUUAUUGCUUUACCUAAGCGCCGAAACACUCCAAGUAAAAAUCUAUGCUCUUUAAGCAUUGCCCUUUUUGUUUCAUACAUUCUACUUGCUGCAGUAUUUCCCUUAAAUGAUAACAGAGUCCUUUGCUAUGCCUCAUCUGUAUUUUUGUAUUAUUCACUAAUUAGUGUGUGUUUUUGGAUGAACGUUCUAAGCAUUGACAUUUGCUGCACAUUCCGGGCAACGCUGUUUACUGUGAAGUCGCACAGACUUUUCAUCAAGUAUUCUUUGUAUGCAUGGAUCAUGCCGCUGAUCUUUGCGAGCACUGCUAUCGCUGUGGAUUUGCUCACGCCCAGACACUACUACUUGAGACCAGAGUUUGGAACUCUACAUUGCUGGUUUAAUAAUAAGUGGGGCUUCUUCGUCUUUUAUGUGCUCCCUUCGACGAUCAUUAUGAUCGUCAACAUGGUCUUAUACAUAAUUUCAGUGAGCAAUAUUUAUCGGCAACACAGGGCGGGUUUAGCAGCUGCAUCUACAAUACAAAAACCUCAAGGUAAGGAUGUGAAAUCUAAAGUAACACGGACAUACCCUCAGAAGCUUAUAAUCCCACCGCUGGAGCCUCCCGAUAAAAGUCAACAUCCAAACUUCGAAUUCAAGCAAUCAGUACUGGAACUUUUGAAAUGUGAUUCUCAAAUCGCGUUAGACAAGUUCAAAGACAAGAUGCAAAAGGGAAUGGCUUCCCGCCGAGAGCUAAAAAUCCGUCUUUUGCUCUAUUGUAAAUUAGCCUUGAUAAUGGGCAUGACUUGGCUUGUGAGCUUCGUCGCCAUAGCCAUGAAAUCCUCAAUGGCCGAGCAUAUAUUCAUAAUCAUGAACGGACUGCAAGGCACUUCAAUAUUUUUAGCUUUCGAUUGCAAGUGGAAGGUAUGGAAUGAUCUCGUGAAUAAGUUCUGCCUUGGUGAUAAAAAUGACCGCAGCAGUGCUGGAAGUUCUGUCAAUUUCGCCAGCGUUAUCGUUCAGAAUACUUCUAAUGUAUCUAGGAACGUUUUACCUGCUCACGUACAAGACCUUUCUGGUGCAGGCGCAGAGGACACAGUCUUGUAAUGAGCCUUACAGUUUCUUCAGUGUCUCAAUUCGGAGCAUGUAAUGUCUCUCAUUCACUCAAUACGAAGACACCGAGAGAUAGAACUAUUCAGAAACUUAUAGAUUACUCACAUUAGAAUUAAAGUAAUCAAUUAGAAAUAAAUUAACCAAUCUAAUCCUUUUGUUGGUUGCAACAUUACCAGUUCGAUCAACGUUGAAACUCGUGAGCCUUUGUGCUAUAGCUCACUGCAUUGAUAUUUAGCGAGAAAUCAUUUAACCUUAAGUUUAUUGAUGCAUAUACCGUCGCAAUCGCUAUUCGCCUGCCAGUGCCCAAUCUUUGUUACUAGAGUCACUGGACAAAAGGUUAAAUUAUAAUUUCCUUUCAUGAUUUUCUAAUUCUCGAUGAGCCAAUUAGCAUUUACCUUGUCUUCGGGCGCUACAACAGAUGGAAAUGAACAAGUGACCAACCACGGAAGUCCUUGUGAAUAAAGGAACUUAUAAUAAGGAGGAUUUUACCAAAGCCCAUGUCUAGGAGUCUGCCUUUAUGUGUUGUUUUUUUCUACACAACUUUUACUUACGGAAAGAGUAUAAGCAUAUGCAUGAUGAAGAUGGGAAUAAUGCACAAGAAAGAUGAGAGCGUGUUACUAUAGACCAUGACAAUAACAUAAGAAAUUGUGUAUAUAUUUAUUAGAGAAUGCAUGUACUUGGUCGUUAUUUCCUGGUAUCUAAAAUACGUGACGAACAUUUAAUCUACGACAUGAGGAAAACUUUUACCCACUAAAUUUUGAAGCAGUUCAGUGUUAGUUAACACUACAACAUUUUUAUAAUUAAACGACUUCAUAAAUCAGAAUCCCAAUUAAAUGUUGUCUCCGUUAUUUAGUUAGCUUGGUUGCAUGCCACUAUCAAACAUGAGCCACAACGUGGAUGUAUCAAUCUCUGAAAAUUGUUUGUGCAAAAUUGUAAUUCUCUGAGUGAAAUUAGACGCCAAGUGUUAUCUGAGAUUAAAUGUGAACGGGAGUAUCGUAUAACAUCUCGUAAGUAAAUAAUAGCCAUGGAAGCAUUAAAAUCUUUACAGCCAUUGAAAUGUGUCAUUGAAGAAACAUGAUCUCCAGUUAAAAUUACUGAAAUGAUGCUGCGUUUUAUUCAUUUCACCUAUGAGGCAUGCCAUUAAUUUGCUUCAGGCUUUGCGAUUGACAUUUAUUUCAG